AUGACAGAAUAUAAGCUCGCGGUGGUGGGCGCCGAGGCUGUGGGGAAGAGUGCCCUGACCAUCCAGCUCACCUAUAACCAUUUCGUGGAAGUGUAUGACCCCACCAUCAUGGAUUCCUACCGGAAGCAAGUGAUCAUUGAUGGUGAGUCAUGUGUGCUGGACAUCCUGGACACAGCAGGCCAGGAGGAGUUCAGGGCCAUCUGGGACCGAUAUAUGCACAUUGCAGAGGGCUUCCUGUGUGUGUUCGCAAUUGACAACACCAAAUCCUUUGAGGACAUCCGGCAAUACAGGGAGCAGAUCAAGCGGCUGAAGGACUCAGAUGAUGUGCCUGUCGUCCUAGUAGGGAACAAGUGUGACCUGGCUGCACGCACUGUGGAGUCUCAGCAGGCACAGUACCUUGCCCGAAGCUACGGCAUCCCCUACAUAGAGACAUCGGCCAAGACGCACCAGGGCGUGGAGGAUGCCUUCUACACCCUGGUGCGCGAGAUCCAGCAGCACAAGGCGCGCAAACUGAGCCCACCGGACGAGGGUGACCCGGGCUGCAAGUGCCUGCUCUCCUGA